AUGGCCCCGGUUGCGCCUGUCCAGCAGAAGCCGUCCUUCGACGAGCUCGAAGAAGCUGCUCACGCCGUCAUUGCUAUCUUCAAGUCCAUGCCUGAGUUCUCCGACGCCCGCCUCGCUAUCAUCGGUGGCCUCAGCUUGUGGAAGUACCUGAAGAACUUUCGUACCACUGAUGACGUUGACUUCCUCAUGACCGUCGAGAAUGCGCCCAACAGCGUCAAGGAGAAGUUGCUUGCUCUUCCUUCCAGUCCCUUCGAGGAGCAAGCCCAGUUCUUUAUGUUCAAGAGUCCUCGUGGAAAGAGAAUACAGAUAGACAUAACUCCGAAAAUGCAGUCUCCCUACGUUCCCACCGCCGCCGUCCCGAUUUCCACUCUUCAACUUGGACAGCUGCCGUACAUUUCGGAGCUGGAUCUCCUAGUUUUCAAGAUCUAUUCCUGCGGUCUUCGUGCUACUUCCCAGAAGAAGAUCCGUGACGCGAACGAUGCGAUGUCCUUGUUGGACGUGCUGGCUUCGAAGGGCCCCGUUGUGUUGAACCCCGACCAGCACGCUGCCGUCACCCAGGGUCUUGACGAUGUCGUUAACAUUUCUGGAAUGGGCCACAACUGGUGGAAAUCAAGACUGGGAAUGAAGUAA